AUGUUUCCAACAUCCAUCCUAGGCCGUCCGUGCACUUUAAACCAUCCACACAUCCAUCCCAGGGCAUCCAGGUAUUUCUAUCCACAUAUCCAUCCCAGGGCCAUCCGUGACCAGGCUCGACGUUGCCCAGGGCAACCAAGCCUGGCUAUCCAUUGCCUCUGUCCAUCCACAUAUCCAUCCUCAACUCCUGCCUCUCCUAUCCACACGUCCAUCCUAGGGCUAUCCAUGUUUCAUCCACAUAUCCAUCCUAGGGCUAUCCGUGCCUCUGUCUAUCCACAUAUCCAUCCCAGGGCUAGCUAUCUGGUAUUGUCUAUCCACAUAUCCAUCCUAGGGCCAUCCAAGCCGUCUGUCUAUCCACACAUCCAUCCUAGGGCUAUCAACGUGAUCUGGCUAUCCAACCUCUGUCUAUCAUCUGGUAUUUCUAAGCCAUCACCCAUCCGUCCUCUGUCUAUCCACAUAUCCAUCCCUAGGGCUAUCCGUGACUGUCUAUCCACAAUCCAUCCUGGGCUAUCCGUGCCUCUGUCUAUCCACAUAUCCAUCCCUAGGCUAUCCGUGCCUCUGUCUAUCCACAUAUCCAUCCUAGGGCCAUCCGUGCCUCUGUUCUUUCCAAAUCCAUCCAGGGCCAUCCAACUAUCCACACAUCCAUCCUAG